CAGGGGCAAAGGUGACCUUCGAGGACAGGGAGGCUGGAGCAGCCCAGCCCACGUGCCCGGCCUCCGGCCCCUGACUUCACCUGAUAAAAACCAGAAACUGAAACAGGGUCGGGAUUCCCGGUGUGAAGUCAGAGAUGACUCACAACUUGGAGGGACUGCAGUAGCGGAGAAGUGGCACCAGAGAGGCAGAUGUGAGCCGAGGGCAGCAGAGGCGGGCAGCACGUCUGAGGGUCCCGCUGAAGCAUGGCAAGCAGCCCUGCGGUGGUGGCCAUCGACUGCGAGAUGGUGGGGCUGGGGCGUGGCCAGGGGAGCGGCUUGGCUCGCUGCAGCCUCGUGGACAUCAAUGGCAUGGUGCUCUACGACCAGUUCAUCCGGCCCGAGGGGGAGAUCAUGGAUUACAGGACGCGGUUCAGCGGGAUCACACCUCGGAACAUGGAGGCGGCCACACCGUUCGCCGUGGCCAGGCAGGAGAUCCUGCAGCUCCUGAGAGGCAAGCUGGUGGUGGGCCACGACCUGAAGCACGACUUCCAGGCGCUGAAGGAGGACAUGGUCAACUACUCUGUCCACGACACGUCCACCGACAAGGUGCUGCUGCAGCAGGCCAACCUGCCGUCCCACAAGCAGGCCUCCCUCCGGGUGCUCAGCGAGGUUCUCCUCCACCGGCGCAUCCAGAACAGCCGCUCCGGACACAGCUCGGUGGAGGACGCCAGGGCCUCGAUGGAGCUCUACAAGCUCUCCCAGCGGCUUCGAGCCCGCUGAUGGCUGCCUGCCCC